AUGGUUCCGCCUCUGCCCGGCGAACAAGACUGGAAAUUUGAUUCAUUCAAUGACGGAGGCUCUAGAGAAUUGGUACUAAAUGCACAAUUAAAACGCUAUACGCGCUUUCUUGCCAACCAUAAGCAAGCCUUGAGACGCAUCGAAGAUUCGCUCAGCUCGAAUAUCACCCAAACAUGGGACUUCGAUUUGAAUCCAGUAGAACUCAAGUAUCUACCCUACGAACAAGUUCAGGUCCUUGAACUAAUUCGAACAGAAAAUAAGAUUUGUAAUAAAAUCGUCAUUGUCUUUGCUGCACUCUGCUGCGAAUGUAAAUUUCUUGUUCAUGAAUGUGAGCGAAAAUAUCUUCCAGCAAUAAUAUUCUUCGGCGAAGGAGAACCAGAUGCUAAAGAACAACAACAAAGCUAUAUGGCGCAGUUUGUUUCUCUUCUUCAGGAGUUAUCCUGCUAUGUAAAUCGAUGUAAUGAAGUGGUUAUGAAUAUUCUUCAACAAUUAUCCGCACUUUAUACACUACAAGUUGUUCAAAGCGGACGACCUAUGGGAUUGAUGGAUGCAUCUGAUCUACAUCUACCUAUUGUGUUUGAUCAUCUGGGUGACUUACUACGUUGUCUGAUAACACUGGAUGAAUGCAUUCGUGCCAACGCACAAAUUGCUGAGAAAUGGCCUGCAUUUAAACGUAUCAUAACAUCAGUGAAAAACAAUGUUGAUAAAGUUCACAUCGACCUCUCACGGUUACCGUCGUUUGAAAAGAUACUCAUUGCACUUGAAGGCCAGCUUUUAGACGGUCGAAUUUUUCAAAAUUGUAUCGAACAAAUAUUUGACAAUACCAUUGUGACCGUAUCAAAAAAUCCUUUGUUACAAGAAGAAUUCUCGCUUAUAAUUCGUCAACUUCUAUCAAAUAUUGAACCGAAACUUGGUGAAUACAAUGAACUUGAUGGACGAAUGAAGUACGUUGGCAUUUGCGCGCUCUUCUGUUUGCAUUAUCAACUCUAUCGCGUGGAUGACAAACGACAGUUGAAAGCUAUUUGGGAUGUUUACAAAAAAAUACCCGUUGUUCAUCUAUGCGGUAAUAUUAGUUGGGUGCCUAGUCGAUUUUUACUAGAGAAAUUUCCUCAAUUUGCUCGAUCAUUGGAUAAAAAAGCUGUUCAAGCUGUUGAGCAACAACGUAUCACAUAUUUACAAAACAAAGAAUCUUUGUUGACCAAUCUUAAAGAUUUGCAACGCAGUUAUCUCGAUGUUCUAACUUGGCUUAUUCGUAUGGAGUCGAGUGUAACAACGAAUGACGCAAAUGAAGCGGCAUUGAUCAACGAUGUUCUGAAGAAAACUUCAUUGUUAAAUCAUGGUUUGUUUCAUGCUUAUAGUCUAUCGCAUACAAUUAAAACACUACUCGCUCUCCAUGCGACACUUCGACUACCGAUGAAAUCCGAAUGUAUGCUCGUGAUUUAUCGUUAUACGGAACUGUUAAAAGUUAUUGAAUCAACUUAUCAUCGCCAUGCCAUGGCUAUUGGACCAUAUUUCAAUUCGAUCAUGCAGUUUCAUUCGCAACGUUUACUAAAAAUCAUUGCCAUUGCAAAAAAACGAAUAACAACCGUAACGGAUAAACGAUUUACGGAUAAACAAGUCGAUGUACUUGCUGCACUUGUGCUCGCAGAAUCGUGUUUGAAUGGGCCUUGUACGAAAGAACGUCUGUUGGUAUUUCGAUUAGCAUUUUCGUUCGGUUCGCGACUGAAAACUUGUCGCGACGAAGAAAUGGUUGCAAUUGACGAAGCACUUCGGAAAUUGGAAACUUUAGCUGCAUUUUCAGAAAAACUUCAUGAAGCUUGUGAUACGACAUUCAUCUAUUGGGAACAGAGCUCAUUUCGAUUAUAUUUACAAGAUUUAUUUCUAACUGUUCGAGAUCCACACCGAUUACACUUUAUCUUUAACGCUCUGCGUGAUUGUGUUCCAUCACUGCGAGCAAUUCGUCAUGAUAAACCCGAGAAAUUGAUUUCCAGUUAUAAAAAUGAAAUUAUGAAAAUGUUCGAUCAGUGCUUUUUACAAGAACUAUUCAAGACCAUCGAAGAUGAUCUUCGUUGUCUAUGUCAUGCACAUUUAGAAGUCGGCGAUCGAAGUAUAUUUCGACAGAGCUUCAAAGAUGUAACGCCUUUUCUCGAUGUCAAACCAAUUCGAUGUUUCGAUGAAUUCAUCAGUAUCAAAGGAGCGGUGGAAAGUUAUUUGGACAAGAUUUUUUAUGAUUAUACGACUGCAUCCUCAACGGACUGGAACACCUAUUCUGAAAUGAGAAAUUUAGCAUCGCAAAAGUACGGCUUGGAUUUGCAUGAACCCCAUCUGCCAAGUAAAACACUUGAACAAGGUUGUGAUGUUCUUGACAUUCUUCGUAAUCUAAAUGCGUUUGUCGCCCAACACUAUUAUAACAUAAACACCCAGAUGUUCAUCGAACGAUCGAGUAAUAAUAAAUUCCUACGCACAACGAAUAUUCGUCAUGUUGCUAAUUCGAUCCGUACGCAUGGUAUUGGUAUUAUGAAUACAGCGGUUAACUUCACUUAUCAAUAUCUGCGACAGAAAUUCUACAUGUUCUCUCAAUUCUUAUUCGACGAACAUAUUAAAAGUCGCCUGAUGAAAGAUAUCAAAUUUUUCAAAGAAAAUAAAGACCGAUUGAACCAGCGAUAUCCUUUCGAACGAGCCAAGAAAUUUUUCAUUAGCAUCAGAAAAUUAGGUGUGACACCGGACACAAAUGAAACUUAUCUCGAUCAAUUUCGAGAACUGAUCGGUCAAAUCGGUAAUGCAAUGGGUUACGUUCGAAUGAUUCGUUCGGGUGGUUUGAAUACGUGCUCCAGUUCGAUUCGAUUCGUUCCUGAUUUUGAGAAUCUGAUUUCAUUUGAAGAGAAUACGCGAAAAGCCAACUUACCGUAUGAAACGAUUAGCGCGUCAAAACAUCUGGAUGAUGUGAUUUCAAAUUUGGUAAAAAAUUUCACCGAAGGAACAGAGUAUUUCAAGAUUCUGGUCGAUGUGUUUUCGAACGAAUUUCGUGGCAAGAAAAAUUUGCAUUUGAAAAACUUCUACGUCAUUGUACCAGCACUCACUUUGAGCUUUGUCGAACAUAUUAAAGUGUUGAAAGAUAAUUUGACGAAGAAGUCGAAGGUAAAUGCGUCGUUCACCGAUGAUGGAUUUGUUAUGGGUGUUGCUUAUAUUCUGAAAUUGUUGGAUCAAUACCGAGAUUUUGAUUCGUUGCAUUGGUUCGAAGCAGUUAGAGAGUCAUCGAAUGCGGAAAGAACUGAUGUGAUCAAUAAGUCAAGAAAUAGUACUGAAGAAAACGUGAAAAAAGCGUUGAAUGCGUCCAUGAAAAGAAUCGAAAAUGAUCAAUUGGAGUUUGACUUACUCAAUUAUAGUUUACGUUCAGCCCGAAUAUUCUUCCGUGCUGACAAAACAGCCGAAGAAGAUAAACAAUCAUCAAUGGUUGACAUUGAAGCGCGCAUACAAACUGAAGCAGCCCCUGUUGCGACUGAAGCAUCUCCUGUUACUGAUAAUGUGCCUCCGCCGCCACCGCCGCCGCCUCCUCCACCAGCGUCUGCGGGCGUUCCACCACCACCGCCUCCUCCUCCUCCUCCAUUUUUCAUGACGAAUUGA